AUCAAAUCAAUGCUCGUCCUAUGCCGUAUGGCGGCGCGUCGAACGAACUUUCUGAAAGCCAUUAUUUUUCCUCGUUUGCUUACUGAUUUGGGUCUUCACACACCGUAAACUUGUAUUUGAGUUUACAGGCCUUAAGCAUUAAGUAGGCCUUGUGUCUGUCUGCCGAUGUUUAAAACUUUUCGGAGAGUACGACCGUACGAGGGAGAAUUGUGAAUGCAUUGGCGUUUGUAUGUUACUGUGUACUACUCUAAACUGUAAUACUCUUGAAAUGGACACAUCUUUCACACUGAGCAACAGCCCGUCACCUGUAAAAAAAUCGGGAAACUCUCAGCGAGCAUUUGAACUAGCUGGUGAGUUAUAUAGCCUGGUCCAACAAUGGUUUCUCUUAAUCACUACUGGAAGAAAUAUAAUCAAUAACAUACUGCAGCUGAAAACAAAAUUGUGGGAAAAUCCAGGUAAUGCUGCUGAUUUGUCGGAACUACAAUUCCAGUGUGAUCAACUUGGAUCAGCUGUUUCUGAACUGGAGGUGCUGCCUAAACUAAUGGAAAAAAUACAAGACCAGUACAAAGCAUUGGAGAAAUUGGGAGAGCUCCAUAAAAAAAUUGGUUCAAACAUCACAAGUGAUUUCACACCGCUAAUGUUUCUUACUUGGCCAAACUCCAAAUUUGUUCUAGUUGUCACUGCCAUUAAAGAUGCCUUUAAUGAGGAGUUGCAAUUGAAAAAAUGCAUUGCUGAAAAUGUGGCACAUUGUCAGCAGAAACAAAUGCUUGAUUUACAUAAAAUUGCAUGGGUCCAUCAAGUAUAUGUAACUUCUGCAACUAAGCUCCAGUUAGAAUCCCUUUUGGUAGAAACUGGUCAACGUUGAAGACAUUUAUUGGCUGUUGAAGUUAUUGUGAGAGCUGUGUUAUUGAUACAGCCUUACAGCCUUUACAACAUCUUCGUUUUCAACAAUAUUUGAAAAAUUAAUGCUGCAUUUGCCACAUAGACUUCUGUCGUAGCUGAAUUAAGUAUUACCUUUGCUUGCCACAUCAGCCAGAACUUGAGGACGUCUGCUCGUCGGCCGCAUUGCAGAUAUUUGUCUCCAACGUCCCACUUAGGAUCAUAAAACUUAUCUUUUUGAAACAAAUAAGAAGCUGAAGCGGAAUUGGCCUCUAGCAAAAGGUUUGCAUGUCGAGUCAAAAAGGUGGAACACUGCUGAGGUACCCCAAGCAAUUUGUGGGGGUUCCACGUUACUGAAUCGGCUCUGGAUAUCACGAUGCUUUGUGGACAUAAGAGCGCCACCUCCCCAUGCUGCGUCUACAUGCAUCCAUAGACCAAAUUCCUGACAUAAGUCAGCGAUCCCGUCAAGGGGAUCUGUUGAGCCUAAUACGGUGGUUCCUAUGGUUAUGAACAAUAUACAAUACCGAUAAUUAAAAUAA